CGCAAAGUUCCCGUAAAGAUCCUCCAUCUAGCCAUGCCCCGAACAGGCUCCGUAUCCAUGAUGGAGGCCUACAAAAUCCUCGGCUACACAAAGUACCACGGCUUCGACUACAUCGACCCCUCGCGCCGCCACAACUUACCGAAGUGGGAAGCCGCAAUCGAUGCGAAAUUCUACGAAAAAGGCCGCCCAUACACCAAGGAGGACUUUGACCAAGACGACUUCCUAGGCGAGUUUGAAGUGCUGAGCGAUUUUCCAUGUUUGGCCUUCACGGAGGAGUUCUUAGAGUGGUAUCCUGAUGCCAAAGUGAUCCUCGUGCACCGCGACAUGGAGAAAUGGUACCACAGCUUCGACUCGCAACUCAUCUCCGCCCUAGAAACGCCCAUGGCGUGGCUCCUGCUCAACGUGUUCGAACCCUGGUGUCUCAGUAUGCGCCCAGCCACCACAAUGCGCAAGAUGCAGUACGCCAUGUUCGACUGUCGUGAUCAAGCGGGGUUUCGCGCCAAUGCGCGGGAUACGUAUCGAAGGCAUUACGCGUUUGUUAAGAGUAGGGUGGAUGCGGGGAGGUUGUUGGAGUAUAGGCUGGGUAGUGGGUGGGAGCCUUUG